AUGACUUUUCCAGUACUACCAUUACUAUCUUCAGUUGAAGAUCCACAAUUUGAUAAUUUAAGUAUAACAGGUCAAAUUUUAUUACCAUUUGAAUCAAUAAAUAUAAAUAAGCAUUGGAGACAACAAUUUCCUUUAAAUUUACAAAUAUUUGUACAAAUUAAUAAAGAUAUAACUAUAGAUCAAAUAAUAGAGAUUUUGAAUGUUGGAAUAAAUAAAAUUUUCAUAAAUGAUUCUGAUCAAUAUCAACAAGUUUUGGAAGCUGGAUUACCUGAAAAUAGAUUUGCUUCAACUGUUUUAAAAAAUAAUUCAUCAUUGAUUGUUAAUAAAGAAUUAAAAGAUAUAAAUCAAUAUAAUGAUGAUGAAAAUAGAGAAAUAUUUUUUGAUUUAACAAAUAAACUGGAUUUAUCACAAGAACAAGUUAAUAAAUUAGCUCAAUUAGGCUACAUUCCAACAAUAUCAUCAAAACAACUUACCACCAAAAAGGAAGAAGAUUCAAAAAUUUCAAUAUCUUCAGUAUUUGUAAAUACAUUAACAACAGAUAGAAAAGAUGGAUUAUUUACAACAUUAAUAACAUCACCAGCACCAGAAUUCACAGCAUUAGGAAUAGUUUAUUCAUCAAAAGAUUCUAUAAUAGCAGCAAUUGAAGAAAAAGUAGGAGUAUAUCAAUCAAGAAAAAGAACCCAUGAAUUAUGGUAUAAAGGUAAAACAAGUGGAGCAACUCAAAAAUUAUUACAAAUUUCAAAAGAUUGUGAUUCUGAUGUUGUUAAAUUUAUAGUUGAAAAUAGAAAAGGAUAUGGAUUUUGUCAUAAACUGACAAAAUAUACUUGUUUUGGUGAUGAAUUAAAAACAGAUGGUGUUGGAUAUGGAUUAUCUAAAUUAGAUCAAACUUUGGCUGAUAGAUUUGAAAAUUCUCCUGAAGGUUCAUAUACUAAAAGAUUAUUUAAUGAUGAAAAUUUAUUAAUUGCUAAAUUAAAAGAAGAAUUAGAUGAGUUAAUUGAUGCAAAGGGAAAUGAAAAUGAAGUAGCUUGGGAAGCUGCUGAUUUAUUAUAUUUUAUUAUGUGUUGGUGUAUUAAAAAUAAAGUUAGAUUAUCUGAUAUAGAAAAAAAUUUAGAUGUUAAAUCAUUAAAAGUUACAAGAAGAAAAGGUGAUGCAAAAUCGAAGUAUAUAAACAACAAUGGAGAAUCAAAAGUUGAUACUAAACCUGAGACUAAAUCAGAACCAAUUAAAGAAGUUACAAAUGAUUAUAAAAUGGAAACAAUAGUUGUUGGUGAUAAUUUAAAUUCAUCAAGUGUUCAAAAAGCAAUGUCAAGACCAGUACAAAAAACAUCAGAUAUAAUGAAAUUAGUAUUACCAAUUAUAGAAAAUGUUCAAAAAAAUGGAGAUAAAGCAUUAAUAGAAUUAACUUCAAAAUUUGAUGGUGUAGACCUUAAGACUCCAAUUUUAAAAGCUCCAUUCCCCAAAGAACUUAUGGAAAUAUCACAAGAAAUGAAAGAUGCAAUUGAUUUAUCAAUGUCAAAUAUUGAAAAAUUUCAUUCUGCUCAAUUACCAAAAGAAAAAAUAAUGACUAUUGAAACUUGUCCUGGUGUAUUUUGUUCAAGAUUUGCAAAACCAAUUGAAAAUGUUGGUCUUUAUGUACCUGGUGGAACUGCAGUUUUACCUUCAACAGCAAUGAUGUUGGGUGUACCUGCAAAAGUAGCUGGUUGUAAGAAUAUUAUAUUAGCAUCACCUCCUGCAAGAGCUACAGGUAAGUUAACUCCAGAAGUUGUAUAUGUUGCUCAUAAAUUAGGUGCAUCAGGUAUUGUUAUGGCAGGUGGAGCUCAAGCAGUUACAGCAUUAGCAUAUGGAACAGAAUCAAUUAUAAAAUGUGAUAAAAUAUUAGGUCCAGGUAAUCAAUUUGUUACUGCUGCUAAAAUGUAUGUUCAAAAUGAUACACAAGCACUUUGUUCUAUAGAUAUGCCAGCGGGGCCAAGUGAAGUAUUAGUAAUUGCUGAUGAAGAAUCAGAUGCAGAUUUUGUUGCAAGUGAUUUAUUAUCACAAGCAGAACAUGGUAUCGAUUCUCAAGUGAUAUUAAUUGGUGUUUCAAUAUCUAAUAAAAAAUUAAAAGAAUUUGAAAAAGCAGUUUCAAAUCAAGCAUCAAAAUUACCAAGAAAAGAUAUUGUUUCUAAAUGUUUAUCACAUUCAUUUAUAUUAUUAUGUAAAUCAUAUGAAGAUGCUUUUAAAUUAUCAAAUAAAUAUGCUCCAGAACAUUUAAUUUUACAAAUCACUGAUGCUAAAAAAUAUGUACCAGAUUAUAUAGAAAAUGCAGGUUCAGUAUUCGUUGGUGCAUUAUCUCCUGAAUCAUGUGGUGAUUAUUCAAGUGGUACAAAUCAUACUUUACCAACUUAUGGUUAUGCAAGACAAUAUUCUGGAGUAAAUACUUCAACUUUUCAAAAAUUUAUAACUUCUCAAGAUGUAACUGAACAAGGUUUAAAAAGUAUUGGAAAAGCUGUUAUGACUUUAGCUAAUGUUGAAGGUUUAGAAGCUCAUAGAAGAGCAGUUGAAAUUAGAAUGGAAAAAUUAGGGUUACUUUAG